GUAACGCGGGUUGUAGUUUUUUGCGUCUUCAGUUUGAUAGUAUGCGAGCGGAGGCGACUGSCCAAAGGACUGCUUUUCCCAGAAACCCACGCGCCCCAAUUAGAAACGUCAACGAGCCAGUGAACAUUAAGCGGAGCAGACCAAAAUCCCAAACAAGGAAAUGGUGGGGGAAUAAAACGACCAGAUUAUUUAAUUAAUGCAUGUAAUAAUUAAUAUUUUAUUUUAUUGUAAUUUAAGACGUAUUUAUGGGUUAAAAUGGAUUACGACUUCAAAACAAAGCUGGCAGCCGAGAGGGAGAGAGUAGAAGAUCUGUUCGAAUAUGAAGGUUGCAAAGUGGGUCGAGGCACCUACGGGCACGUUUAUAAAGCUAAGCGCAAAGACGGGAAGGAUGAGAAGGAAUAUGCACUGAAGCAAAUUGAAGGCACUGGAAUAUCUAUGUCAGCCUGUAGAGAAAUUGCUCUGUUACGAGAACUGAAGCACCCGAAYGUUAUCGCCCUUCAGAAAGUGUUCCUGUCCCACAGCGACAGGAAGGUGUGGCUCCUUUUCGACUAUGCCGAACAUGAUCUCUGGCACAUCAUUAAGUUCCACCGCGCCUCCAAAGCCAACAAGAAGCCCAUGCAGCUCCCCCGAGGGAUGGUGAAAUCUCUCCUGUACCAGAUCCUGGAUGGGAUCCAUUAUCUCCACACCAACUGGGUGCUCCACAGGGAUCUGAAACCAGCCAACAUCCUGGUGAUGGGAGAAGGUCUGGAACGAGGCAGAGUUAAAAUUGCUGACAUGGGGUUUGCCAGACUCUUCAACUCUCCCCUGAAGCCCCUGGCGGACCUCGACCCUGUGGUGGUGACCUUCUGGUACCGGGCCCCUGAGCUGCUCCUUGGGGCCCGGCACUACACCAAAGCUAUCGACAUUUGGGCAAUUGGCUGCAUCUUUGCGGAGCUGCUAACAUCGGAGCCCAUCUUCCACUGUCGCCAGGAGGACAUCAAGACCAGCAACCCUUUCCACCAUGACCAGCUGGACAGGAUAUUCAGUGUGAUGGGUUUCCCUGCAGAUAAAGACUGGGAGGACAUCAGAAAGAUGCCAGAGUAUCCCACACUGCAGAAGGAUUUCAGGAGGACAACGUAUGCAAACAGCAGCCUCAUCAAGUACAUGGAGAAACACAAAGUGAAGCCUGACAGCAAGGUUUUCCUCCUGCUCCAAAAGCUCCUCACCAUGGACCCCACCAAGCGAAUCACGUCRGAGCAGGCUCUGCAGGACGCUUACUUCCUGGAGGAGCCUUUACCAACUACAGAUGUGUUUGCUGGCUGUCAGAUCCCCUACCCAAAGCGAGAGUUUCUUAACGAAGAUGAACCUGAAGAGAAAACGGACAAGGUGAUUUAUUCUCUACUGUUUGCUGUUCCUGUACUCCAGGAUUCAUUCAGAUAUGUUUCACUGAUGUGGGAUUUACCUGCUUUAGAUUCGCCAUUAAGGCUUCUGGUGAAUGGACAGGCAAAACAAAAAACCUGACUUGCAUCGAARAAAAUGCAUAAAAGAAAUAAAUGAAUAAAUAAAUGGACAUCAAAUAAUUACAUGCAGACAAAAUUAUACCAAUAACACCAACAGUCAUUUCCCUAAUUCUUCAAAAGGUUCAGUCUUUCCCCACUAACUSUGGCGGUAGUUCAGAAGUUGUUGUUUUUUUAAACUUUAGUUAAGUUUUUGGCACAAACAAAUAAAAAUAAAUAUUUAGGAUUCAAUUAAU